GAAGAAGAUAGAGGAGAAUAUUCCUAAACGAUUUCUUCUUCCGCAAUUCGCAAUCGCAUAUUUUUCAACCAAUCGGGGAUUAUAUCCGAUCAUUGUCCUAGUCUCCUAGAAUUUUCCCCAUUUUUGCGUUCAUAAAGGAUUUGGUUCGCUUGCUUUGAUCCUCAGUUUUGUCUUUUUUUUUUUUCUGGACUUAAUUGGUAAAUCUCUUUGGGGGCCUUUGCUCUAAUCCUCCUUAGUUUGGGUUUCAAUAUGGGACAAAAGAGGUGCUUGUUCUUCCUGGCAAUUUUUGCUUGUCUUCUUUUCUUUUCCCGUGGAAGAGUUCUUAAUACGAGGAGCGAUGAUGGUCGACCUGUUUACAACCAUACGCUUGCCUUAACACUUGUGGAGUAUACUUCUGCGGUCUAUAUGUCGGACUUGACACAACUCUUCACUUGGACGUGCGAAAGAUGCAAUGGUUUGACAAAGGGUUUUCAAGUGAUUGAGAUAAUAGUUGACAUUGAGCACUGCCUACAGGGAUAUGUUGGGUGGGCUAAGGAUUUGAAUGCUAUCGUUAUUGCAUUUCGAGGAACUCAAGAACACAGCAUACAAAAUUGGGUCUCAGACUUGUUCUGGAAACAGCUCGAUCUAAAUUACCCUGAUAUGCCUGAUGCAAUGGUUCACCAUGGCUUCUACAGUGCUUAUCACAAUACUACUGUACGUCCUGCAAUUCUGGGUGCAGUAAAACGAGCUAAGAAAUCCUAUGGGGCGAACAUCAACAUCAUGGUGACUGGUCAUUCAAUGGGAGCAGCCAUGGCUGCUUUUUGUGGGCUCGACCUAGUUGUAAAUGAAGGAGAAGAAAACGUCCAAGUUAUGACAUUUGGGCAACCUCGUAUUGGGAAUGCCGCUUUUGCAUCAUAUUACAGUUUGCUAGUGCCUAAUACCUUCCGGAUCACGCAUGACCGAGAUAUAGUUCCUCAUCUGCCUCCUUACUUUUAUCUUUUCCCUCAAAAAACAUACCACCACUUCCCAACAGAGGUGUGGGUCAGAGAUUUCAGUGUUUUGAAACAUGUUCUUUUUGGUGUGGAGAAAGUUUGUGACAACACCGGUGAAGAUCCUACUUGCUGCAGAUCGGUAAUGGGAACUAGCAUAUCCGACCAUUUAAGUUACUUUGGGGUCGAGUUGAUGUGUGAGACUUGGAGACAAUGCAACAUAGUGAUGAGCCAUGAGAUGGAGAGUUACAGCAGGAAAGAUUCAAAGGGUAACAUAUUCCUGUCGCGGACAGUUCCUUCAACGGAGGUGAUUGAAACGAAAACUCUAUCCAAAAUCGGAAUCUCUAGUCUAUAGAAGCUGGUUGAUUCGAGUGUUGAACAAGAAUUGCUUGCUUAGAAGGGAGAGGUUGGGAGAUUCAGAUGUGGAGAAAGAAGAAGUGUUCUUUGAUUCUUUGUGGUCGUGAAAGAAACUGUACAUAUAAUAAUCAAGACUCUGUAAAUAGUCUCGUAGGUUGAUAGCAUGUUGUAAGAAAAAAAAACACCAGGUUAAAUCUUUAAAUCCAUAUCUUCACAUGGAUAUUGAAAUCAACUAUGUAAAUACGUGAAUGAAUAUCCAAUAUCUAUGGAUGAUGAA